AUGGAAACUAUGCAGAUAUUGAAUUUUCUCUUGACAACCAUAACAAUUGCCAUGUCUAUUUCAACAGCAACAUCACAAUCAUCCAUUCAAAAUUUUAUCAAUUGUUUUUCUUCAAAUUCCACUCUCUCUGAAGUCAUUUACACACCAAACAACACCUCAUUCUUAACCAUUCUCAACAUGAAAAUACAUAACAAGAGAUUUAAAACAGCAACAACACCGAAACCCUCGGUAAUUAUAACUGCAAAAGAUGCUUCUCAUGUCCAAGCAACAGUUAUAUGUGCCAAAAGGAAUAAUAUUCAAAUCAGAAUCCGAAGCGGCGGCCAUGACUAUGAAGGUUACUCAUACGUAUCAGAUGUGCGUUUUGUUUUGCUAGACUUAUCUCGUCUCAAUUCCGUUGAUGUCAAUGUACAAGAAGAAACAGCGUGGGUUGAGUCAGGUGCAACAAAUGGUAAGAUUUAUUAUGCCAUUGCAAAGAAAAACAAUUCUCUUGCUUUCCCUGGUGGAACAUGUUUUUCUGUAGGUGCUGGUGGUUUAUUUUCUGGUGGUGGAUAUGGAAAUUUGAUGAGAAAAUUUGGUCUUUCUAUUGAUAAUAUCAUUGAUGCAAGAAUUGUUGAUGUGAGCGGAAACAUCCUCGAUAGAAAAUCGAUGGGAGAAGAUUUAUUUUGGGCUAUAAGAGGUGGUGGUGGUGCUAGUUUUGGUAUUAUUCUUUCAUGGAAAAUCAAAUUGGUUCAAGUACCUCAACAAGUUACUGUUUUCAAUGUGAAAAGGACAGUGAAAGAUGGUGCAGCUGAUAUUGCUUACAAAUGGCAACUAGUUGCACCAAAAUUUGAUAAAGAUCUUUUUAUUAGAGCUCAUCAUGAAGUUGUUCGAAUCGGUAAGCAAAGUAAAAAGGAGGUGCAAGUUAGUUUCAUUGGUCUAUUUUUGGGGACAAUUGAUAGGCUUUUACCUUUGGUGAGUGAUAGUUUUCCAGAAUUAGGUUUGAAGAAAACUGAUUGUUUUUCAAUGCCUUGGGUUAAUAGCACUCUUUUUUCGUAUCUUAAACCAAUUGGAACUCCCCUUGAAGCAUUGUUGGAUGAACCAAAAAACCCUAAACCAGUGUAUGCGAAAAGUAAAUCAGAUUAUGUGAAGAAACCUAUUCCAAAGGAAGCGAUAGAAUCUCUAUGGAAAUUGAUGAUUGAAGGCGAGGAUAUUAUCUAUAUUCAAUGGAAUCCUUAUGGUGGAAGGAUGGAGGAGAUAUUGUCAUCAGAAACUCCGUUUCCUCAUAGAGCGGGGAACUUAUACAUGAUUGGGUAUUUUUAUGGUUGGACCGAAGACUCUCUUGAAGCUAAUGAAUUUCAUGUGAAUUUGGCAAGAUCAAUUUAUGAGUUCAUGACGCCCUAUGUUUCGAAUUCUCCAAGGGAGACGUAUAUCAAUUAUAGAGAUGCUGAUAUUGGUUUUAAUAAACAAAGUAAUGUAACAGAAAUGAACAUUGCUAGAACUUAUGGAGCCAUUUUUUUCAAAGGAAAUUUUGAAAGAUUAGUGAGUGUGAAAACUAAGGUUGAUCCAGAGAAUUUUUUCAGAUAUGAACAAAGUAUACCUACCAACUCAUCAACUAAUGUGAAGGAUGUAGAAGAGAAAAACACUUUCCUAACUUGGAAAUGGUAUUUUGGUAGGUUUGUGAGUAACUCUUAUGAUUUCUCUCUUGGCUUAAGCUCACUACAUUUUAUUAUUUGA